GGAGUCGGAAGCGAUACAGCAGCAUAGAAAUCAGCUGCCGUCUUUCUUUCAUCCUCUCGCUGCCUGGACGCACCGCAUGAAGUCGGUCGUGACACUCGCCAACCGGCUGCACGGUGGCACCAACGUCUACAAAUCGCGCCAUGACUGCCUUCAGGUGCUGCACGCCGUGGAAGCCUUGCAGCCGGCGUGGUGGAAUGCGAGCUGCAGUAGCUUCCUUCGCCUCACUGAAAAUGUCAAAGCGGAUGCCCACCCUGCAGUAGAGACAGGCAACGCCGCGUCAGCCGCGCAACGACACGCGAUCGUUGUCGUGGAGGGCCUCGAUGGCACCGGCAAGACCCUCGUCACCCGCACCUUGGCAGACAAACUGCACGGCGUAGCGUUGAGCACCCCGCCGCCGCAGUUCGCGCCGAUUCGAGCAGCCUUUCGAGACCAAGACGAGGCGGUAGCGCGUGCCUUCUACUCCGCUGCAAACUACAUCGCGGCGGAGGACAUUGUGACGAGGGCGCAGGCGUCGAUGGUGGUGGUGGAUCGCUGGUGGUGCUCGACGUGUGCCAUGGCGCUGGCGAACAAGCUGACGGUGGAGACGCUGCCGCCCACGGACGACGCGGUGUAUCAGUGGCCGGCUGACCUGCCAAAACCCGAUGCUGGGUUUCUCCUGAGCGUCGAGGAGGCUGUGCGGGUCGCGCGCAUUCGCAAGCGAGCCCCCGAGGACGCCGAGGAGCGGCGGCUGUCGUCGCAGCGGGAGAUGCGACGGGCAGCGAUGGAGGCGUACGCGCGGACGAAGAUGCUGACGGUGGUGCCCGCGCCGUCGUACCGCGCGGCGGUGAAUGCGAUUUUGGCGGCGCUGCAAAUGAAGGGCAUUGGGCACAGCGCGGUGGCGUUUACAGAGGAGGAGGUGAAGAGUAUCGCGCCGUUUUAG